CUAGAGGAGGCUGCCAUGACACACGGUGGAUGCUGCACAGAACAACAUCCUCAGCAUCAGCAAUCCAGCGCUCCUGCAUCCUCCUCCUCACUGUCCCUCUCUCUCUCUUUUCCUCCUCCUUUUUGCCUCUCCUCCUCGUACCACCACCCUUGCUGUCUCUUUUCUCCUGCUCGUUCUCCCUUCCCUUCGACGGACACACACUCACACACGUCGAGGCCCUGCUUGAGCACACUGCAGCAGAGGGACGUGUACGGACACCAGCAGCAGGAUCAGCAGCAGCGGGUGGACUGGUAGGCCAUCCACCCCUCUCCUCCACCUUCUCGAUUCAAUCCUGUUUAUCUCUUUCCUCCCUCUUCCUUACACAACUUCUACUCCUCCCAGCUGGUCGCUUUUCCCAGGAUGCCUUGCCUCAGGCCACUACGGUAGGCCCCAGCAGCAUGGGCGGAGCCUGGGUGGGACGAGAUAUCAAAGAUUGGACCCUUCCUCUUAGGACGGGUGUGGUGGCGGGUCACCUACCUUCAGCUUCAGAUGGGCGAGGACGCUGAAAACCCCAAAAUCAACCACACCUUCCUGCGAGACUACGUCACUGAAGCCGAUGUCAUCUCUACGGUGGAGUUUAACCAGACGGGGGACCUGUUGGCCACAGGGGAUAAAGGUGGCCGAGUGGUCAUCUUCCAAAGAGAGACUGAGUCUAAAGAUGAGCUGGAGGAGGCAGGGGAGACGGGGGACUCAGGGGAGUACAAUGUCUACAGCACGUUUCAGAGCCACGAGCCAGACUUCGACUACCUGAAGAGUCUGGAGAUUGAGGAGAAAAUCAACAAGAUAAGAUGGUUGCCACAGCAAAAUGCUGCACAUUUCCUGCUCUCUACCAAUGAUAAGACCAUCAAACUGUGGAAGGUGAGUGAGAGAGACAAGAGACCAGAGGGAUACAACCUGAAAGAUGAGGAGGGACAUCCCAAGGACGUGUCCACCAUCACCUCGCUGAGGGUGCCAGUACUGAGACCAACUGAUCUGAUGGUGGAAGUCCGUCCCAGGCGGGUGUUUUCCAACGGUCAUACCUACCAUGUCAAUUCCAUCUCUGUGAACAGCGAUGGGGAGACCUACCUGUCAGCUGAUGACCUCCGUAUCAACAUGUGGCACUUGGACAUCACAGAUCGUAGCUUCAAUAUUGUAGACAUCAAACCCGCCAACAUGGAGGACCUGACGGAGGUGAUUACAGCAGCAGAGUUCCACCCCCAGCACUGCCACCUGUUUGUGUACAGCAGCAGCAAGGGGACCCUGCGCCUCUGUGACAUGAGAGCCUCGGCUCUAUGUGACAGACACGCCAAACUUUUUGAGGAGCCUGAAGAUCCAGGGAACCGAUCCUUCUUCUCAGAGAUUAUUUCCUCUGUGUCAGAUGUCAAGUUCAGCCACAGCGGGCGCUACCUGCUGACUAGAGAUUACCUGACCGCCAAGGUGUGGGAUCUGCAUAUGGACAAAGGUCCUGUGGAAACAUACCAAGUCCAUGAAUAUCUGAGGAGCAAGCUGUGUGCCCUCUAUGAGAACGACUGCAUCUUUGACAAGUUUGAGUGUGUCUGGAACAGCUCUGACAGCGUGAUCAUGACAGGGGCGUACAACAGCUUCUUCCGGAUGUUCGACAGGGAAACGGGCCGAGGUGUGACCCUGGAGGCGUGGCGGGAAAGCAGUAAACCCAGGGCUGUGCUACGGACUCGGCGGGUGUACACCGGUGGCAAGCGUCGCCGUGGUGAUGUGGGUGUUGACAGCCUGGACUUCACUAAGAAGAUCCUGCACAUGGCCUGGCACCCGUCUGAGAACAUAAUCGCAAUUGCAGCCACCAACAACCUGUACAUCUUCCAGGAUCGGGUCAACGCUGACACACAGACGCAGUGACAGGAACAUAAAUGAUGGUCGCUGCUGCCGCUCAAACUGUUACCUAAAUAUAUUUGAAUGUUAAAGGAAGGCAUGUGAGGCUGGGAGCCUUUUAAAAGGGUGAGUCAGGCUGUGUCUCAACAGCACAGACUGGAUCGGACCAUUUUUCUGGUUUAUUCUUUCACCGCUGAACGUGCACAAUAGUUUUUUUUUUUACACAGACGGACUGAUGUCUCAGAUGGCUUGUAUUUGUUGCACUCCCACUUUUUGAAGAUGUAAUUUUCCAGUCAGGAAGCAGAGUGAACAAGGUGCAGGGACACCUCUCUCCCUCUGCAGAGACACAGUGCUGUUAAAUACAGCGUCGCACCGCUCACGUCUCGUUUCAACACAAAAAGUUCAAAGUGUCGGCUGCUACAAAACAAGUGAAUGGAUGAAAAGGCGUCUACCUGCAACAAAUCUUAAGGUGGAACGGUGAAAUUGUGGAUCUGUUCACAAAGUCCUUUUGUUUUCUGUCCCUCAAGCUUCUGAAUCUCUCCUCCUGAGCAAUGCUCCAGGAGAACACACACACACACACACACACACACACACACACACACACACACACACACACACACA